GGUGCCGAGCGCUAACCCCCGCCCCGUGCCCGGCGGCGUGUGCGGGUGUGCAAUUGCACACUUCCUGCGGUGUGUGCGACCCGGCCCCGGUUUCCGGUAGCUGACAGCCGCCGCAGCCUGUCCCUGCCUCCUCCGGCGGUAGUGCCGCCGAGCCGGGCAGCGCGCACGGACACGGACACGCACACGCACAGGAGGAGGAGGAGGAGGAGGGAAGAGGAGAAAGGACCGGAGCACUCCCAGCACCAUCACCUAUCCCCCCAUGCGAUACGGGCGGCAUCGCGCAGCCCCGCUCUCCCGCGGACAGGCACCUGCAGGCAAAUGACAAGCAUGAGACUGGAGCAGCACAAGUGUAAGUGCUGGGACCCUGUCAUCUAAACUGUGUCUCCAGCUGACAUCUAGCCAGCCAAGCUUUACCGAUCCUGCACCAUGGAGGACUGCCUUCACACCUCCUCUGAAAACCUCUCCAAGCUGGUGAGCUGGGCCCACAGCCACGGGACCAUCUGCAGCCUCAUCCCCAACCUCAAGCACCUGCUGUCCGAGGGAGCCCACGGCAACCUGACCGCCAUGUGGGGCUGCAGUGCUGGCCAUGCCUACCACUGGCCCCUGGCCGCCACUUGCCGGGCUGGCUCCCAGGAACGCGUCUGCUUCCAGGACAGCCGCAGCUUCAAUUCAGACAGUCCCAGCAUGUUGGGGGUGCCCUCUGAGACUCAGGCCAGCCCACUUGAGCGUUACCCAGGCCGGCCAGGGAAGGCCAAGCUGGACUGCACCCGCACCCGUGACUCCUGUGAUUUCUCCUACUGCAGUGAGCCCUCAGAGUUGGGCGAGCCGGUGGAGGAGUACGAAGAUGAGGCCACUCUCUUCGAUAUGGUCUGCGAGUCCUCUGUCACGGAUGAGGACAGUGACUUUGAGCCACACCUCCACCGCAUGCCCGGUGGCCCUCGGAAGCGGCCACCCGCUGGGCUCCCUGCUGCUGCCCAGGCCCAGCCAGCUGAUGAGGGCAGCGGCGAGGUUAUCCUCAAGAAGAUCAAGCAGGAGCUGCCCGAGGAUUACUACAUCGUGGCCAAUGCCGAGCUGACGGCUGGUGCUGACGGGCCGGCCCUGGCCCUCACCCAGAUGUCCAAGCCCAAAGCACCAGUGCAGGCCGGGCCCUCUGGCCUGGGCACCACCAGGGCCCUACCCCUGCCUGCUGCUGGCCCCGACCCCGACCCGCAACACCUCUGUGCCUCCCCGCCUGGCCCACCCUGGCUCCCUGCGCAGAGACCUCCCCGAGCUGCCCUGGUUUCCCCAGCCCGUGGGGCAAGCAGCGGCCCCCCAGCCACCCUGCAGGCACCAGCCACUAGCUCCAAUGCCACUGCGGUGGGGAAGGCCAUCAGCAUCCCACUGUCAGCCCUGCAGCUGCCUGGGCAGGAGGAGGCCCCAGCCGCAGAAGAGACCCUGCUGCCUGCCCAGCAGCCAGCCCCAGGGGGUGGUGAGGCAGCUGUGUCACCCUCAGUGAGUGCAGAGCCCGAGGUCAGCUCCAGCCAGCAGCAACCCCCUGCCGCCCCUGCUGCCACCCCUGAAGCUGCAGUCCCAUCGAUGCCAGACCAGGAUGAGAGAGCAGCAGAGCUCAGCAGGGAGCAGAACGAGAAGACCAUUCGCAGCACACAGACAGCUCUCCGCAAUUUCCGGGAGUUCCUCAUCUCUAAGUAUCCCUCUGAGACCCGAGAGAUCUAUGUCAUCCCCUGCAAAGAGCUCGAUGCCUACCUUGCUUCGUUCUUUGUGGAUGCCAGGCAGAAGGAUGGGUCUGAAUACGAGCCAAACAGUCUGGCCAACUAUCAGUGUGGGCUGGAGCGUUAUCUGAAGGAGCACAGGUAUGGAUACAGUAUUACCAGGGAUAAGGAGUUCAAGAGGUCCCAAGAAGCCCUAAAACAAAAGCAGAUAGAGCUGAGGUGUAAAGGUAAAGGAAACAAACCACACAAGUCCAUGAAGCUCACCUUUGCUGACGAGCUUAUCCUGCGCAAAAGAGGUUUGUUGAGCAGGUACAAUCCUGAAGGGCUCUUGAACCUUGUCUGGCUGAACAACACUAAGGCAUUUGGACACUGCACAGGUUUUCAUGGGUCCACCCUCAAAUGGGGAGACAUCCGGCUGCGGGUGACAGAGACUGGGUUGGAGUACCUGGAGUGGAUGGGACCAGACAAUGGAGAUAUCAAUGCCAAGAGCAAGAGAGGUGGGACAGACUCUCGGGUGUAUGCCACUCAGCACUCCCCACAGACCUGUCCUGUGCAAGACUACAAGGAGUACGCCCAGAGGCGGCCUCCAGCCAUGCGCUAUGAGGAUGCACCUUUUUACCUGUCAAUCAAACCUGUUGUCAACUUGGCUGCCCUUCAUUGGUACAAUUGCCAAGCUCUGGGGAAAAAUAAGCUUGCCAAGAUGGUAAAGACAAUGUGCGAGAAGGGCAACAUCCCUGGCAGGAAGACCAACUUCAGUGUCUACCAGAGCUGUAGCACAUUGUCAGAAGCUCAGAGCAACCAGCUUGUGCUGAUCUGCAAUAACUUGAGCCAGCAGGCUGCCCAAUCUAUGGCAAGCCAUACCAAUACUGGCAACUUCAUAGUGUCAGCAUCAUAUGACUCUUCCUCUGACACAGCUUGAAAAAGGGGUAUAACCUGGACAGAUUUCUCUCUUCUGUUUUGUUUCAAACGUUGAGUUUGUGUUCAGUAAUUCACAUCAACUGUGAUUGUACACUACUCUCCCAUAGCCCUCUCUCCAGUGUUAAUUCACUUUAUAAAAAUAUAAAAAUAUAUAAUAUAUUUUUCUUUUUACAGAUAAGUCAAUAGAGAUAGUUUAGUAAUACUAACAUAGUAUUUAUAGUGUUAAUACAAAAAUGAAUGUUACUUGUGGGUUAUAAUAUAAUUGCAGAUUUUAAAAGGACAAAAAUGGUUCUCAGGCAACACAAGAUAGACUGGAAAUACCCUUUUUAACAUGCACACAUCAGUGACUGUAAUUCCCCAGGGAGGCUUACGUAGCAAUUCUGUUUUUUCGACUUCUUGUUUUAACAUGGCCUCCUAGAGUGGAGGAGGCAAAUCUACCACUGGCUGCUGCUUCUUACCUGCUGACUUGUUCUUGAUCAGAAAUACGAGGAGAUAAGAGAUGCAUCAAUGUUUUGGAAAGCUGAGCACCAGCACAAAGGUGGAGGCUGGUUCUCCCUGAUGCUCUACUGGAAAACAUUAGCUGGCAAUGGAGUGAUCCUUCAGAAGAAGACAGGUUCCUCAAAGCGCCAUGAAAUGGUGUGGCUGCAUGGCUGCCAGCUCCACCAGUGAAACCGAGUGCUGGUUCCAACCUGUCGCUGAGGCUCUGCGAGGUUGUCUGCCAGCACCUCAACGCUUCUGAAUCCAGCGGAGAGCCACUGACUGCAGCGCAGCGUGGGAAAGCCCCACAGCUUAGAGAUGUCUGUGAGCUUGUUGAAAAUUCUGACAAUGGCCAUCCACUGGAAUAUAUUCAGAGUAAUGGGGAUGUCUAAAGCUUUAACUACUAAUCUGACGGGGAAAAAAUUGGUUUGGCACAAAAUUUACUUGUUACAUGAACUGGUGGGUUUUAACAGUCUCUAGAGUUUAUGUCUCAAGUCAGAAAUUUAUUUUCUAUGUUUUCUCACUGAAUUGUGUAAUGUUGGUUGGUAAUAUGAACUAUUUUUUUUUUUUUUUUUAAUACAAAUGCCAUUAAAUGUCUGUGCAUUGGAAAUGGAUCUACUGUUUCCAGGGGAUUAAAUACUUCUACCUUCUCUCUUAUUCUGGUGCUCAGCACUCAUUACACAGCAGUCACUGGUCUCUGAAAAAAAUUAGUACCCUUUCAGAUUUUAAUUUGAUCUGUUGUAGUUAAUAGAAGAUUUAUUCACAGUGUUUGGGAUUUUGUAUGGUAGAUGCUAACUCUGAUGCUAACUUUUACGCUGCCUGGGGAUUCCCAACCGUUGGGAUUUUUGGCUAGCUCUGUUCUGUACAGUCCAUAAACAUCAUGCAAAUAGUGAAACAGCCAAGCAAGGGGAAAAGAAUCAAGAAAAUAUAAAAUGUUCUUUACAAAUACUGUAUUACUCUUACUCUAGAAAAAAUAAACUCUUAACAUUAAUUUUACUGACACUAUCUUCACCAUUUCAGCUGUUCCUUUUGUGAACAGAGAAAACUCUGUAGUGUUCCUCAUGCUUAGAAUUUGAUCUGCUUUGUAAAGGCUUGUGAUCCUGCUGAGAUUGUCUUCUGCAUCAUUAUAGUGUGUUCUCAGCUGGCCUGAAUCACAUGUAGCCUUAAGUAGUGCCACAUUGCUCCUGCCAGUAUUCCUCCUUCCCUCCUACUACAUUGCAUCCAGGCUGGGCUGCUCUGCCAGGGCUGGGUGUGAAAUGCAGAGCAGAAAUACCUGCAGCACUCAAGACAUACAGGCAAAUUGUGACACAGAAUGUGUUACAAGAGCCUACAAGCUGGCAUGGGGAGAAGUGAGAAGUGGAUGGCAGUGCCCACAAGCCCAAGUGCUGCUGGUGGGCAGAGCUCAGUGCCUGCCCUGCAGAGCUCAGUGAGGAAUGCAGCCCUGGAGCUCAUGUUUCUACCCACCUUGUUGUCACAGAUGGGUCUGAAACGUGCAGGAGAGGACAUCACCCAGCCACUGCUUCGUUGUCUGGGCUUGUCUGUGCCUACAUGACUCACAUACUUCUGGGUCACCUCGAGACCUAUCAGACGAAGUUACUCAAGACAUAAAACAAAGAAAUGGCAAAAUACCUGAGUAUAGUGAAGGCAGUGGAAAGGCAGCGGAAAAGCCUGGCAAAUGCAACAAAAGUUUUUGUGUUUUUUUUCUAAAGAAGGCAAGCGUAAUCCUCGUCUUUAAGCCAUCCUUUAAUAUCUUCCUUUGUUUUACACUGGAAUUAGAAAAUCUUUUCCAUUUGUUUUAAUUAUCUGCUGACUUUAAUUCUGCCUUUGAAAAAUGUUUUUGCUAUGACAACCCCAGCUAUCAUGGUGAGGAGUGUUAGGGAAAAACAGUUAAAGUAAAGCUUUUAUCUUUCCCCACAUGCAAUGUUUAAUCUUUCUAAUCUUUUAAUAUGAAUGUGGUUUCUCCCAUUCUGAAAAUUGAUAAGAUUAGGGCUGUCGCUCCCAAAAUAGCAGUUCAAAAGCAUGUUUUGCUUAAGCAUAGCUAGUGCAGUACAUAACCAGCUAGCAAAGCAUGAGAAUUCCUGUAAAUGACAAAUUGAUUCUCAGAGUUAAACUGUGUCUAAGGCUAACUUUCACGUGCCAACUUUUCUAACUCUGCCUAAACUCAACUUUUUAAAGAACUGUUUGUAAAAAAAGUACAUUCUUUUGUUUUAUAUAAAAAGGCUGUUAAAAGAUUCACUGUUUUGCCAAACAAUAUUUCUAUGCAUUGUGUCAUUCGAUGGUGUUGCUGUUGAGAUUUUGCAUGUUUUCUGCACGUUCUGACAUCCGUACAUUUAUGUGAUACUUGUAGAAAUGCUAACCAUUGCUGCUGUGAUCAGAGCCACUGGAAAAAAAAACAAAAACUGAGAGCUGUACUAAGAAGCUGUGCCAGUCAGCAGGUAUUUCUGUGUGUCACAGUAAAUCUCUGCGUUCUGACAUUGUUUCCUGUGUUAAGCCAGUGUUCAGUGCCUUCUGGAGAGGGAACCAACAUGUUGCAGUAGGCGGUGCUGAACAUCUCGUGUCUUCUUCUGAACAGUUGAUCACUUAUCAGCUUGAUCCUUAAAAAAAAAAAAAAAAAAAAAAAAAAGUAUUAAAAAUAAUCCUGAAUUCUCCAUAUUCUCCAUCUUUCUUUGAGGUGUCUUCUCAUCAAUUUUAAUUUGGAAUAAAAAAAUAAAGAUGCCCAAUCAACUGCCUUGAUGAAGCUAAAGGCUCCUGCAGCCACAUGCCAGCUGUGAAUGUGAGCGGUAAGAGGGAAUGUGCAGCACCCAGACGUUCCUGUGGGUAGCAGAUCCAGUGAUCAGCCAACCCUGUGAGAGCUGUUGUGGAGCUUGCUAAAAAUGCCUGCUAAUGAAAGCAAUCCUCUGAUUACUGUAAGAAACUGCUAAGUCUCCUAGCAGCUGUGAGCCUGCUCCUGUAAACAAAUGUCAGCCUGGUCAAGUGGUGGAUUCCAGUCACUUUCCUGCCUUCGCUAAAGCCACACUUUGCUGCCAAAUGAGCCUUGGAUGAAAUUCAAGUCUAAGAUUUUUGGUCUCAUUCUUUCCAAUUGCUUUCAUGGCAGACAGGCCCUGUUUAUCAAAAUUCUGACACCACAUUUUCAGCUCCUUUUCCACCUUCCCCUUAGAAUCUGGCAGUAUAGCAGAUACACACAUACACAGAAUUAAUUUUGACUUUGCUAGGAUUUUGACAGGCUGAAAUCAUACCAUAUUGUAUUUGUACAACAAAAACAAGCUGUGGGUAAAAGCGUGAUCUGUCACGGAUCCCUGCCACCCGGCACAGUCAGCUGCACCUGGUCUACUCUGAAAGUAUCAUCUUAUGUGCAAACAGUGAAAGGCCAUAGCCAUUGUUUCAUAAUCUCUGCUGACAGGUGAAAGUCUGCUAAACAUCUUGAAAAGGUUUUCAAAUCAGAAUACCAAGUUUCCAGAAAAAAAAAAAAUGUGUGACUGGGAAAUUAACAGAGAAUUUAAUUCAUUCUUACUGCUCUGAAGCCAUCUCUGCACCUCUGUGCAAGGCAGUUUAUUGUGUGCAAAAUGCUUCCCCCAAAAUAGUUUACAUAACAAUUUUCAAACUUGCCAUUCCUUUUUGCCACACCUGGAAUAUGUACAAAAAGCAGUAUUGCAGGAUGCAGCCUGGACCACCCUGGAAGUCUGCCAUGUAGUAGUCCUCUCCCACAAACUGAUGGAUUCAAGGUGCAGCCUCGCCUCAAAUACUGUGUUCAUUUCUGGGCUCUACGAUAAAGAAAUUAUGUUAAGGUCCAUGAAACAGUCUGAAGGACAGCAAAAGAAAGCUGGUAGAAAGUUUGGAAGGCAUGUGAGGCACCAUGUGAGGAGAGGUGGGCAGACCUGGGUUAUCCUGUGUGGAGGUGGCAGAGAAGUGGUCACUGCUCUGCAGCUCCCUGAGGGGAAGCAGAGGGAUGUGCUGGGCUCAGCUCCCUGGUGGGACAGAACACAAACGAAUGGCACACAGCUGCAUCUAGGCAGGAUUAGACCAGGCAUUGGGAAGCAUUUCUUCACCAUGAGGGCAGUCAAACUGUGGAACAGGCUUCCUAGAGGUGACACAGCUGUCAGAGGCCAAGGGGAAUUUGGGCACUGUGCUCAGUAAUUGCUUUGACUGUUGAUUAGCAAUUGAACUUGACGUUGAGUGAAGGCCCCUUCCCACUGAGUUGUUCUAAACAUUCCUAGAACAUUUCUGAAAUCGCAACUGUCCAAAAGUGAUGAGGAUGCUUGAGGCCUUUUGCAGUACCUCAGUUCCCAUCUCGUGGAUGGAAUAAGGCUCUCCUCAGAAAUAAAGGGCCAUUUUAUUGCUCUAAAAUCGAAUGGCUUCUUUGUAGAAUUGUAGAAUCAUAGAAUCGCUCAGGUUGGAAAAGACCUUAAAGAUCAUGAAGUCCAUCUGCAACUUAACCGUAUUACCCUAACUCUAGCAACCCUCCUCUAAAUCAUCUUCAGAUGCUUUCUGAUGCCAGCUGAGACCAGCUGCAAUGAGUUUUUCUGUUGUUUUUGGUCUCUAGUGGCUGUGUACACAUGAACACAUCUCCACCAGUGCAAUGAGGAGUUUCUGCUCCACAGAACUCCUGCCUGCAUAGUCCUAAUAUUAGGUAUGCAAGGCAGUGACGGAGAGUCUUAUUCCUUGCAUUUCUUCUCUUUUUAGCUAGGUCUUAGUCUUCCAGUCCAACCAAUUGCAGAAAUUGACUUACCUAUUGCAACCUACUGUAGGGAACCUACUUUGGAGUGGAGGAUCUCCAGAAGUCCCUUCCAAUUCCUAUAAUCCUGUGAUUCUGCGAUUCUGUAAUUGGUAAUUGGUGAUUAUAGCUCCUUCCCACACACUGACCCAACCUGCCAAAAGGUGUGUCAGGUUCCUGGAGAACUCCAGUAGUAUAUUCCCAUCUUCACUUUGGCUGCAGAUGCAUCUACACUGCCUUCAGCUUAGAUUUGAAUCAGAAAAGCAAACAGUACCAUUUAGUUAUCUCUUUGCAUGCUGGAAAUCCAGUUGUUGUUCUACAGAUGCAGAGGUGGCAUUAGGUUUCAGCCUGCUGCCUGCGGUGUGUCAGCAGUUUUUCUGGCAUUUGUUCAUUUUUCACCACAGCUCUCUGGUUUCAAGAAGCAAAUUGGCUGAUGUUAAUGCUGUAGUGGAUUAGAUGUCACUGCCCCAUCAGUGUAAUGCCUUCUGUGUACAUGUUGUAAGCUCUCAUAAUUGCAUUUUGACCUAAGUGCACUAUGGUGCAGGAAAAGGUUUUUAAUUUUUAUUAUUAUUAAAUAAUAAAAUAAAACUGUUGCAUUUCUGUCUGUGCUGCUGAAAGGAGACGAGAGAAUUUAUCCAUCCACACCCCACUGGAAUUUUGAGACUAAUUUAGGUUUCUUUGGACCCCUCUGCAAGCCCCAGUUGUAAUCCACUAUAUUAGGCAUAGAUGUUAACAUGAGCAGUGAUACAUUUCUAACACUAAAAAUACAGUUUUUCUGUGGGACCUUCUCAUACUGACAUCUUACUUCUGCAUUUCAGAAUCUAUAUAUUUGUAUAUUUGUUAAGGAGAAGGAAGAUUUUAAUACAUCUUAAUGCAUUAGGCUUUGCAAAUCCAGAAUACCUGAGAGAGAGAGAAGGUUUACUGGAUUUUUUUCCAAUAAAAUUCCAGGAAAUUCCAGGAAAAUUGUCAACCUUCAGAGCUACCUGUUCAACUUCAAACCUGGUUCAUUCUGGAUCUGGAAAAAAAAGAAGAGACCUGGG